AUGGGACAAAAAAGAACGAUAGCUAGUAUAUUUAAUGAAAUUACCAAAACUAGUUCUGAAGCUCGAUCCAUUCAAUCAAUUGUUCAACCAAGAAAAAAUCCUAAAGUACCCUAUUUUUAUAGUAAUUGCAAAUCUUUAGUUGAUCACUGCACAAGAACACGACAUGAACUGUUAGGCAAACUGAAUAAUUUAUAUUCAGCAAAUGUUUCAGCAGAUAACUCAUUAUCGUCUCUAUCAGAGAUUUAUUUGCAAGAUGAAUCAUCCGCUGACAUUUUUAGAAAUCCUAAAGUUCGAAUAAAUAUCAAUGAUGAAUUAUAUAAAUCUACUGCUUUAAACGAAUAA